UAAUCAUAUAUUUUUAUUAUCUUUAUCGAUAUAUAUUGGAAUUAUAUAAGUGGAGUUUAUAUAAAUAUUUAUAUAAAUUACAUAUUCUAUAUAAAUUGUAAACAGUUAGUAACAGUAUUUCAGAAACUGCCUUUCUUUUUAAUCAAUAUAAAGUGUAUAUUAUAAUACAUGUACCAUUGAUGUAUAUUAAUUAUAUAUUCUAUAAUAAUAUUAUAUUAUGAUUUAAAAAAAAAAGCAAAAAUGAGACAACAAAUAACUGAUACAAAAAUUAAUUCUCACAUAUCUGGAGAAGCUGAUGAAUGUCUUUUCGAAUAUUUACAUGCUGAAAUGGUUAAUUAUGCUUUAAAUAAAUCGUGUAAAAAUAAGGAAGGAGAAGAAGAACUGUCUCGAUUAGAAUGGAUGGGAUUCAGUGUUGGUUAUAGAAUCAUUGAACGAUUGACACGAGAAUGGAAUCGAUUUAAAGAUGAAUUGGAUAUGAUAAAGUUUAUCUGUACUGAUUUUUGGUCAAGUCUUUAUCAUAAACAAAUUGAUAAUUUAAGGACAAAUCAUCAUGGUGUAUAUGUAUUACAAGAUAAUUCAUUUCGAUUAUUAAAUAAAGUAGGUACUAAUAAUAAUAAACAAUAUUUACAAGAAAGUCCACGUUUAUUAGCAUUUACUUGUGGACUUUUAAGAGGAAGUUUGGCAAAUCUUGGAAUUAUUAGUACUGUUAAUGCAGAGAUUUCUACAUUACCAAGUUGUAAAUUUCAUGUACAAGUUCAAAGAAUUUAAUGUUAAUAAAUAUAAUACAAAAUAUAUACAAUAAAAAUUAAAACAUAUUACAAAAUGAUAUAAAAUCA